CAAAGAGAUAAAAUGUGAAGAAAUUGCGAUCUGUGAAUCAGCAAUCGGCUAGUAAGCCUCUUCUGGCAUCGAUUAGUAAAGCCUCCAUCCUCCACUGAGGUAUUUUCGCGCCUUUUUUAUUUGCACUUCCUGUUCUUGCCAUGCUGAUCACAAAGAGACAGCGAGGGAUCCUGGAGAAUUAGGAGGGAAAUUUUAAAAUAAUCGCCACUGGGAAACAGAAUGAGACGUCAAACUGCGGAGAUGAAAGGUCCAGGAGUGAAACAUCCCCAGAUGUUCCUCCUCAACCAGUACUGGAGCGCCACCUGGGGGACAACAGGGGUUCCUGGGCCAGGAGGGAUGGAUGGUACUUGAAGUGGGAUCUUGGUCAGAUCCAGGGAUCUCUUCCCAAUGGGACUGGAAAACCUUAACAUCAAAGAUGGAUCCUGAUGAGAUUCCUGAACUACUUCAGUUUACCUUUCAGUUCAGUUCCUUCUUCAAUGCAACAGACUAAACCAGAAGCCCAGUUAGCUCAGACAGAACCUCAUCUUACACUAAAUGGAUUCUCCAUGGGGUUAAAGGUCAGGGAAAUUUGCUGGCCAGUCAAGAACAGGAUCUCCAUGGACACUGAACCAGAUUUGGUACCUUUGACGGUGUGGGUCGGUACCAAGUCCUACUGGAAAAUAAAAUCAGCAUCUUCAUACAGUUUGUCAGCAGAGGGAAUCGUGAAGCACUCUAGAAUUUUCUGCAUAAACUGGACUUCAGGAAACCCAGUGGACCAGAACCAGGAGACAACAUGGCACCUCAAGCUUCACUCUGUACUUCAACCAACAUGGACGCUGUGCUUCUCCGCUCUUCAGACCCUGACACCCUGAUUACAAAAUGAAAUGCAGAGUUUUCUCUCCAGUGAAGAAAGGACUAUGGACCAAACCUCAACAGUUCAGCUCCUUUUCACCUUCGCCAGGAAUCGAUGCUUUCACUUCAGUUUUCGUGCGGACGGGUGGCGAUGUUUUUCUUAACGUCUCAGAAGCAGAUGUCCCGAACGAUUAUCACCUCCUUUUAUGGAAAUUUGUCACAGAUGAUGUCUUGGUGUCUUUCUUUCCAAAUGGAAAAUUAAACGUGCGUAGGGCUUAUGGUGGGAGAAUAGACGUUUUGGCAAAAAAAUACUCCAUAAAAUUAAAAAACCUCCAAAAAUCUGACAGUGGACUUUAUACGGCGAUAGUAACAGCAGCGUCAGAAGAAGUACUAGCUCAAUACAACGUCACAGUUCAAGAUCCGGUGGGUCCGGUCGAUCUCACCGUCGACUCCGUGUCCAGCGACUCGUCCUCCUUCACGGCGACCUGCACCGCCGACGGCACCGACAUCAGCAGCACUUUCAGAUGUACCGCCAAAACCUGCCUUCAAGAGGGGGGAGAGGGAUCAAAGGUCACCAAAUCAGGUGCUGCCCUCCUUGUCUGCCUGUCCCGUUCAGCCGUCGUCUGUAACCAUAGCAACCAGGUCAGCUGGAUGGAGAAAACAGCAGAGAUUGAUCACCUUUGUCUGAAGAAUGCCGGUCCAGACGAACCCCAUGGAUUUUCCAUUUGUUACGUGAAGAAAGUCGUUUUCUCGGUGGGUCUGAUCGUCAUGGUGUUGGUCGUCAUCGCCGUCCACCUCAAGGAGAAAUUCAACAAACACAAAUAACCGGUUACCUACUUAUUAAAAAAUAUUACGUUUUCUGAUAUAUUUUCUUCUAUUAAGUUGCUUGUGAAUUGAAAUUUUUGUAUGUUAUUCCUUCAUAAUGACAGUUAUAAGACCAUUGUUAUUCCUUUUCUUUUUCUGCUCAUCUGAUCUCACUUUUAUGAUUUGUUUGGUGCAUGUUUAUUAAUUCAAUUAAGUUUUUUAUUUAUAUGGCGCUAUUUCACAAUAAAUAUCAUCUCAAUGAACUGUACAAAAAAGUAAUUUCAAUUUAUUGACGCACACAUUCCAAUUGAUUCUAGUUAUUAGUUCACCCAUUUGUAUGGAAGAAGAUUAGGGCCAAAAGAAAAAGUAAAGAAAAUUUUUGACUUUUUAAAAUUUUUUUUUUUUUUUUACUAAGAAUCAGAAUUGUUUAAAUUCAAGUUUAAUCGUAAAAACUCAAAUCUACCAAAAUUAAUUUGGGAUACAUUUUCAGCAUAUAUAAAGUGCAGGUUUAAAAAUCCUAUAACAAGAAGGAAACUUGAGUAUUCUGAGAAAAGUGAAAUUCUGGAAAACAUGGCAGAUUCUGAGAAAAUGUUGAAUUUAAAUUCAAAAUGAUGAAAAAAGUCAGAAUUCUGAGAUUAAAGUCAAAAUUAUGAAAAUAAGUGAAAAUUCCCAGAAAACAGUCAAAUUUAUGAGGAACAAAAGGAAUUGUGGGAUUAAAGUCUGAAAUCUUUAAAAUAAUUUAAAUUUAGAAAUUUUUAUAUUAAAAUCAGAGUUUUAUUUAUUUUUUAUGUGGGUUUUUUUUGGCCCUAUUCUUGUUGCAUGCAUCUGAUUAUUGUCACUAUUUCUGAUUUGUAAAUCAAAUUAAAGUAGAAAUCUUGAAUAAUUACAGUUUAAUGCUCUCUGCAGUUAUACCACCUCACCCUGUACCCAAGAUCCCGGCGGCCAUGUUGUCUGAUUCCUUAAACCUUGGAUAAACUUUGAGGCGCGUUGCUUUUAUUUACAUCCUGAAACAAGGAAACAAAUCUUUACUGACAGUUUCUGAGGCUUCGUUGAAGUUCGACUGUUGUAUGAGAAAAAGUUUGGGAGGGCUGAUUAUUUUUAUAAAAUCUGGUUGCCAAAGAGAAAAACGAUUCUGGUUUAGAAACCUCAUGAUCUCUUCACUGCUCUUUGCAGAGGAUGUGGUUUUGUACCAAUGAUCAAAUUAUGACACUUAAUAUUCUCUGGAGCAGUACUCACCUUUAGAGACCUUCGGUUUUAGUCAGGAAACCACAUGCAGGAACUAACAUGUGGACUAGAGUUUAUUUAAUUCUCAAUCUGCAUGUAGAGGAAAAUCUGUUUCUAAAACAGCAAAGCAAAAAGCAUGUCGCUGCAACUUACCCAUGUAGGUGGAAUCCCCCUGAUAUCUGAGUUUAUUUUAAAUUUACAUCCAGAGUAAAUGGCUUCACUUCACCUUCUGAAAGUUCAGAGCUGCUUGCAGAUUACUUUUAAAAAUGUCUGCUAAAAACAGAUGAUAAAUUUGACAAAAGAAAGAAAAAAACGGAAUGACUGCUGCACUGCUAGUUACAAAAUGUUAUGCAUAUCUUGAACAGAUAUAAUGGCCUCUGUGCGCCACCCAGAGGCUUUGACCUGUAAAUACAACUUUUAGAAACGUAUAAAAGAAGUUUUAAUUCACAAAGCAGAUUUCAUUCAUUCAUAUCGCUCUGAAACUGGGUAAAAUACUGACAAUUAUUUAUGAAACUUGCAUUUGCUUAACAGAUCUCAGCUUUGUUAAGAAACACCAACACACACAAUAAGAGUCCAAACAAAGUUUUUUCAUAGAUGUUUGGAUAAAAUAUUUUAUUAAUGCUUCACUUUUUGGCAAUGAUGAGGUAUUGCAAUAUAUAAGUACACACCCAAAAGGACUUAUAUAUUGGUACCUAUUACAAAUAACAUUUCAUUAUACUUUUCAUUUCAUUUAUACUUCUUAUAUGUAUAAAUAUAUUUAAGAAAGUAGAAGUAAAAAAAUGACCAAGUAAAAAAGUACUAUGUAAAAUGCAAUUCAACACAUGUAACUUGUCACAAUGUCUGAUUUUGUUUGUGAAAGUGAGACAGACAAAGAUUGCCAGUUGUGUUCCAGCUUUGGCAUUUUUAAGAAUAAAGAAAAACAGUAGUCAAGAAAAA